AGAAACAAAUCUGAAAAUCUGAGUUAAGCCAACCACAAAACAAAUCCACUCCAAACACUCCAAAUUACUUGUCUCUCUUCUCUUCCCCACCACCACUACCUUACAAAAACCCUAACCCUAAUUUCUCCACCCCCAAAUUCUUUUCCUCAAUCUCUGCGAUGGAAGACGAAGAAGGCAUCGGGUUAAUUUUAGCCAGAGCCACCGAGCUCAGACUCAAGAUCAGCGAUUGUAUCGAUAACUCCAGUACCACCGUCAGCGACAACGGCGAUGGAAACGAGGAUCUUUCUCCCGGAGAAGGAAGAAAAAGCGAGAUUAUUGGGAAUCAAGACAAGGAUUUUGACUCAAUCAGCUCUGAGGAUGUAGAUGAAGCAGAAGCUGAACGGCUUUUGCGUAUUCGUGAUGCUCUUGAAGCUCUUGAGUCUCAGCUUGCUUCUUUACAGGUUUGAACCAAACCCUAAAAAUUUCCUCUGCUUCUCAUCAAGUUUCUGGCUUUUAGUGUAGUAUUGGACAUUGAAAGUGUUAGGUUCUGGUUUUAACUGAAACUGAGUCUGAAUUUUGCUUCAAGUCUGGUCUAUAAUGUCUGAAUUGCUUCAAGUCUUGGUGGUGGUUAAUGUGGGGAUGGUUUUUGGUUUGUGGUGAACAGAAUCUAAGGCAAAGACAACAAUAUGAGAAGCAACUGGCUCUCUCUGAGAUUGAUUACAGUAGGAAAAUGUUGCUUGAGAAGCUUAAGGAGUACAAAGGGAAAGAUUUUGAAGUGUUACGUGAGACUACGACUUUUGCUGGUGAAAGAGUUGAUUAUGAGAAUGAUCUUUUACUUCCUCCUUAUCCUGUCCAUCCUCCUCUCUCCCUUGGUUUAGAUAAUAAUAAUGGUUACCUAUCUCACUUACCUUCGAAGAAGAAAUCGGAUGCGAAUGGGUUCGGCUCAGGACAUGUGAGGAACGAGGCAGAGGCGAAAAGUCCCAACGGAGGAUCUGGAGGUUCGAGUCAUGGGGUUAUUCGCUUCUUAGGCUCUGUCGCAAAGAUCGUGCUUCCAAUCAUCGGUGUUAUCUCUCUAUUGUCUGCAUCAGGAUAUGGUCCAGAGAUGAGGAAAAGAGGCGCUUCCUUGAACCUUUUUGGACUUCUCCCGCACCGAGCUACCAGAGGGAAGAGAACACCUAACCAAUGUCCACCAGGGAAAGUUCUUGUGAUUGAAGAUGGAGAAGCACGGUGCCUUGUUAAGGAAAGAGUCGAAAUACCAUUUGACUCUGUUGUAGCGAAACGCGAUGUAACUUACGGAUACGGUUGAGUUUGAAAGAAAUUAAACACCCUCCUCUGUAAUGUUCAUUGCCUGACAUUCAGUGUGUAAAGUUUCAACCUUUUCUUACCUCUUAGAUAUGAAAGCCACAUGGUGCUACAUAACUCUCACAAGUUUUGUUCAUAGUUGUGCAAAUAAAUUGGAUGAGGGAGAGAUUCAUUUGAGUAGUAUAAUCUCUGUUCUGCCAAUUUGAUCAAUAGAUUCAGUGUAUCCCA